AUGUUUUCUUGUCAGUGCUCCAUAAUCUCAAAACCUGUCUAUGUACCUUUGUCUAUUUAUUAUCUAUCUAUCUAUCUCUGUCUAUUUAUUAUCUAUCUAUCUAUCUAUCUAUUCAUUAUUUAUUUGUGUCUAUUCAAUAUCUAUCUUUCUAUCUAUUUCUGUUUAUUCAUUAUCUAUCUAUCCUUCUAUCUAACUCUGACUAUUCAUUAUCUAUCUAUCUAUCUAUCUAUCUAUCUAUCUAUCUAUCUAUCUCUAUUAUUUCUUCUGUUCCUCUCUCUUAGUCUGCUCAUAACCAUCUAUUUCUUUUCCUUAUAUCUUGUUCUCAUAGCCUUUAUUUUCAUAACCUAUUCAUAUCUGUCUAUCUCAGAUUAUUCAUCUGUGAAUCUAGCUAUCAUAAAUCUAUUUUUCUUGUUGGAUUCAUAUCUAUCUAUCUAUCUAUCUAUCCCAGUGGGUUCCUAUCUAUCUAUCUAUCUAUCUAUCUAUCUAUCUAUCUAUCUAUCUAUCUAUCUAUCUAUCCUUGUCCUUCUGCCCAUCUUUCUAAACAUUCUUUUUCCUUUUCUUUAUCCUCAUUAUUUUCAUGCUUUUAUUUCUUUUCUUUUUUUUCUCUACUUGUUUCAUACUUUUUUCUUUAUGACUUUUAAUUCUUUCUUUUUUCAUAAUUUACAGCUUAAUUUUUAUCUUAAUUAUUUUUGUUUAAUUUUUAUUUUCUUUUUUUCGUGUCUCUUCUUCAUUCUUUCCUUCAUUCUCUCUGAAUUGCUUUUCUUUCUUUCCCUUCAUUUUCUUUUUUCUUUCUUUUGCCAGUAUUUUUUUUUUAUUUCCUUGCAUCAGUCUUUCUCUAUUUUUCUUCUUCUGAUUCUGUCUUUCUCUUUCAUUGAUCUUUCUUUCUUUUUAUUGUUUUUCAUAAUCUUUCACUUCUUUUUUUUAGUCUUUUCUCUCAUGAUUCAUUUCUUUCCAUCUUUUCCCUUUUUAUUCUUUCUCUGUAUUUUUCCCUUUUUAAUAUCUGCAUUCACCUUACAUCUUUUUUCCCCUCUGCAUUUCUUCUUCUUCUUCUAA